GUAUAUGUUCUGCCGAAGCAAGAACAAAUUUUUAAAUAUUUUAGUGUAUACUUAUAUUAAUCUCAUAACAAAAAAGCACAUGAGAAUUACAGCAGUUCAACGAAGAAGUGCGUGAAAAAUGUAUGCACCGAUGCAAUUGCUGCGAUGUUGUAGUGUGUUCGUCCUUUAAGGGAUGAGUCCGCUAGGUAUAGCUAGCGAACGAAUCACGGGAAAACUAUGUAUAUGCGUGUAUGCCGAGAUGAAUGUCACUAGGUAAAGCAAUACUUCUAUAAAUCAGGUACUCAAGGAAUGUUACCACUCACUUUAUAAAUAAAUUUAAAAAUAUUAUCUUACGUUUAUGAUUGAUUUGAAGCAGCAUACAUACAUACAUAUGUAUAUUCAGUGCAAAACCAUUAACAAACACCAAUCUGGUGUCCUUGACACUGGUUUCCAGGUAGCGCUUUGCAUACAAAAUGUCACACACGCACACUUCACUUAGUGGACUUAGCGACUACUUUAAAUACAUACAUACAUCAAAGGCCCUAGAUACCUGCCCGUAGAGACAAAGCAACAAACCACCUGAGCAACAGCAGAAACAAGCUUUUAAGCGCAAAUAUCUUUAAUAAGUGUCUACAGCUAAUACUAAGUUAAGAUAUUCUACAAACAGUUGAUUUACUACACAGCAAACACGUCAACAUUUAGGGUGUUAAGAGACACUUAAUCUAUCGUGUCAACAUAACCACAACAACGUACUUCAUCUCAAGACUCAACAAAAACAACACUUCGUAAUGAUUUCACGACGCGAUAAGCUUUUGAACUUGCCUUGGGCUCAACAACGUUACGAGCAUCAUCGUGCCAAUCUCCGUUCAGCCAAACCGGUCAUCGAUAUGCGUGCGCCCCCCAUUUAUUCGCACGUCAUACUCAAGCCGAAGAAGGUGCAAAACGAGAGGGAGCGCCUGCAACGCAUUGAGGUGGAGAAUGUGCGACUUUUGCAAAAAUUGGGUGAUAUUAUGAAGACGAAGCGUAUGUCGGAUUUGUGGUUGGCACCGCGACCCAAUUUCUUAAAUCGCGAAAAACUAUUUGAAACACGCCCUUAUUCGAGUCUACCGAAACUGAUUACCAUCUAUGGACCAACAUCGCCAGAACUUGCAACGAAACCGCCAAGUGCUUUGAAGUCACCGAAUUCGAAAUUAGCGCAUCGAUGCCCAACUUGUAGCGGUAGACCAGAGCGUACGCAAGUGGUCAUUCCCGAAACACGUAUGCCAUGGGAGCCGCCACGUGUCUCACGAAAUGUGCCAACUGAGAAGAAUUGUACAACGAAGCGUUGCUUGCAUUGUGGGCACCCUAAGAAAGCGGUGGAAAUGAAGAUGGAUUCAAAGGAGGGAAAUUAAUGAAAUGGCUAGAGAAGAUUGCUAAUAGAGAGAAAUAUAUUAACUUAAGAAUGAGCAAGCAGUUUUGAAAGAAUAAUGAGAAUGCAUAUCAUUUUCA